UUUUUUUAAGAAACUCCAAAGAAGCAAACAAAGGAGACCCCAGUGUAGCGUUUACCAACUCUUUUAACCUUUUAUCUCUCCACCAGCUGCCAUCUCCACUCAAUAAUCAAUUCUAGUUGUUUUUAUUUCCUAAUAACAAAACCCAUCCCACUCUCUUAAAUACAAGCUUCCACUUCAUUAGCACCUCCCCACUCUGCUUCUCUCUGAACCCCUCUGUCUUUGAGGCAGUUCAGGACUCUGGGUUUCAGAGACGACCACAGUACAGAAUUAUGAUGGAUUUCACUGUGAUGUUCAUUGUUACCACCACAUUAGUCCUUAUUUUUUCUCCAUCAGCAUAUUCCCAAUCUCCCCCACCUCCGGUGUUAACCCCUACUCCAGCACCGGCUCCCUCACCGGGAUUCGUUAACCUAACCAACUUACUCACCGUAGCAGGCCCCUUCAGCACCUUCCUCGGCCUUCUCCAGUCCACCAAAGUCAUCAUAACCUUGCAAAACCAAGCCAACAACACUGCACAAGGACUAACCCUCUUUGUCCCAAAAGACUCUGCCUUUGCCGCCCUCACUAACCCCUCUCUCCAAAAUCUCACUCAAGACCAGCUCAAGUCAGUUUGCCUCUUCCAUGCUCUCUCCCAGUUUUACAGCCUAGCGUCCUUCAAUACCCUAAGCCAAAGCGACCCUAUCAGCACAAUGGCUGGAGGCCUGUACACUUUGAAUUUCACAUAUGUGAUGGGAACCGUUUCCCUAAGCACCGGUUGGACCAACACUGAAGUGAGCAGUGCAGUGUACUCAACUAAACCUGUCGCUAUUUACCAGGUUGAUAAGGUGCUUCUUCCUGAGGCGAUUUAUGGUACUAAUAUUCCUCCUCCUCCUCCUCCAGCUCCGACUCCUUACAUUGCUCCAACGUCAGAUACUGUUGGAGUGGGGAACACAUCAUCUUCGACAACUUCAAAGCCAUCGGCUUCUUUUCGAAUUGUUGGUUUGGGUGGUUGGAGUCGGAUUGUUUUGGCAGUUUCAGGUGGGAUAGUCUUCUUGUUGUAAGGGAGGAUCUAUUUGGGUAUUUAAGGAUUCAUGUUUUUCAGUUCUAAGAGGGUACAUUGAUUCAUUUGCUAGAGAGGAUCUAUUUGGGUAUCUAUGGAUUCAUGUUUUUCAGUUCUAAGAGGGUACAUUGAUUCAUUUGCUUUGUUGUCAAGCCUUCUUCUUCUUUUUUUAUCUUCUAAGUUAUUCACUCUUGGGUGUAGUUGCUAUCUUUAUUUUCAUGGCCUUUGGCUUUUUUAUGGUUGAAUUUGAGGAUGGUUAUCUA